UUCUAUGGAAAAAAAAAAUUUAAAAAAAAAUUUAAAAAUCGGGGAAGACCGACGGAAAAAUUGAAUCGGCAAUUCGGCAUUAGUACGCAGGGAGAGUUGCCGCCUCUUCCCGGCGUGUUGGGCACCGCGCUUUCUGCCUCCUUAUAUCUCUUUUGUGGAUUCUUGAGUACUCUACUCACUCUCAGGGAAAGAAGAGGAAGAGACACCAUCUGGGCGAAGAUGGCCGCUUCGCUUCCACUGCCGCUAUGUGCCCUUCUUCUUCUCUUGUCUUCCAUCUUCGUCCUAUCUCAUGCAGCAGCCUACGAAAUGGCCACAUUGGAAGGUGUUGAUCUAGGAAACCCAAGACGGAUCCAUUUUAGCUCUCAGUAUGGACAUUCACCUGGCCGCGAUCCAAAAGAAGCAUUGUUCUGUGAACGAGUUAAAAUUUCUGGUCAAUCAAGACUGAAACUUGCUAGCUAUUCUAGCGCUCUCAGGGUUACACUCGUACCCUUUCCUGUUAUUUCCGAAAGACUUCAUCGAAGGAUUCAUGUUUGUUUCCACCGGAAUGCUUCACUUGGACGGUGUGAUUGUGAGAAAGAAGAGUGGAAAACUUUUCAAAAUGCUCAAUGGAGUUCAGUCAUGUCUCCUUAUCAGGAGAGAUAUAUUGAUGUGAAGACCACUGGAGGAAUAUCUGGUGGCGGUAUCACUGUCCAGCUUAAAGAAGAAUCACAAAGGUGGCGCCUCUUGUGUCUGGCAGUGGGAUUCAUAUUGCUAUUGCUUGCACCAAUAGUCAGCAGCUGGGUUCCGUUCUACUAUAGCACAUCAAUGGCUAUUGGCAUUUUUCUUGUCAUCAUCAUUCUUCUAUUUCAGGUAUGCUGUAAUCUCAAUUAUCUGGGUAUGAAAUUACUGCCGACUGGAAGGAAAAGUGUCCUCUAUCUCUCAAUAUAUGGCUCAGUGGUCUCACUCCUCAAUUUUUGGUUACAGCUUGGGGUUGGCACCUUCAUUUUGCAUCACAUAUCUGAGCUCAUCAAUUCUAUUCUUCUUAAUUUUGGGCUUGAUGAGGAGAUGCACAAUCCGGUCUACAUAUUUGUAUUAGUAGGCAUUGUGCUUGCCGGAGCAGGAUUAGGGUAUUGGAUGGUUAGAAAGUUUGUUGUUGCAAAAGAUGGAAGUGUGGACCGUGGUGUAGCAGAGUUUGUUAAAUGGGCUAUUCGGGCGAUUGCAACCACCUUUAUCUUCCAGAGCACACCUGAUCCUCCAUUAGCAUUGCUUGCUGUGGUCUUAACGUACACCAUAUGCUCCCUUAUCAUAAAGUGGAUGAGGCAACCUAGGUACAAGUCAGGGAGGGCUGUAGGAAAGCAGAGCCGGGCUGAAUUCUACAGCAGAUCAGCCACAGCAACAGCUAAAAUGAGUCCUGGAGGGAGAAUGCCAGGUGCUUGGAUGAACUCCCCAGUCAAAGGUUUGGUGACAUCAUCAUCUGCUGCUCCAGCGCAGCAUGGCAGCACUGUGAUGGAUCAGGAUUAUUACUCAACCUUCCAUAAAACAGCAAAGAGAAAGAAGUUCACAAAGGAAGAAUGGGAUGAGUUCACCAGGGAGUCAACAAAGGAAGCAAUGAGAGAAUGGGCAUCAUCUCCUGAAGUGGCCAGUUGGCUGAUCAACAAUGCUGACCGGAUUCAACUCCUUCCAAGCGAUUGCAGUUCAGACGAAGAGGCAUCUGGCAAAGACAGUGAGACAGACUCGACCGAGGAGAAUGCAUCUAGUAUCCAAGGUGGUAAAGGGCUUAGCUGUUUAUUCAGCUGGUGA